AUGAGACUGAAUAACCAUUAACAAAUAUAAAAUAAAUAUAAAAAAAUACUAUUAGAUCUAUGCAUAAAAUGCUUAAAUAAACUAUCUUAAAUUGACCCUUAAUACAAUAUAAAUGGAUAUAGAAAUAUAUGGAUUGUCAAACCGAAUUUUUUAUCACGAGGUAGAGGAAUAAAAUGUUUUAACGACUUAGAUAAAAUAUUUGAUUAUAUAGUAGGUAAAGAAACAUAAUAUGUAGUGUAAAAAUACAUAGAAAGGCCAUUAUUAAUAUCAAAUAAAAAAUUUGAUUUAAGAUAAUGGGUAAUUAUAUAAAAUUUUUGCCCUCCUAAAAUAUGGUUUUUCGAAGAAUGUUAUUUAAGGUUUUGCUCAGUGGAUCAUAAUAUAGAUGAUUUAAAUAAUAAAUUUGUACAUUUGACUAAUAAUGUAAUUUAAAGAUGUAAUAAAGACGGAGAUAUUGAUAAAGAUGAUUUAAUGUGGAGAUAAGACUAAUUUGCUUAAUAUUUAAAAUAAACUAAUAAUAAUUAUGAUGUAUUUUAUGAAAAAAUUUAACCUAAAAUGAAAUAAAUUGUUAUAAAUUCUUUAAAAUCAUGUAAAGACUAAGUUGGCUCUAGAAAAAAUUCAAUGGAAUUAGUUGGAUACGAUUUUAUGAUAGAUUCUAAUUAGUAACCAUGGUUGAUUGAAAUAAAUAGCUCACCUUCAAUGGAUUAUAGUACUUCGAUUACUAAAGAUCUUGUUUAAAGAGUUUUAACUGACACUGUAAAGGUAGUUGUUGAUUAUUCAAUGGCUAAAAAAGGUACUAAAAAGCUUGUAGAUACAGGAGGAUUUAAAAUUAUUUAUAAAGGAGAAAAAAACUCUAAAUUAAAUCCUAAAUAUACAAAUAAUAAAAAAUGA